AGGAAGAAGGGCGCAGGCGCGAAGCCGGACCCGGGAAGAAACAGAGUGUGACACACGUACAGGAGGAGUCCCGACGAGCGUCCGCUUGGCGGAGCGCUCCAUUCCACUGUUUGUUUACCAUCCAUCCUCUUCCCCUCCCCCAUCCCUUGUGUUUGGUUGUAUCAUGGAGCAAUGUCUGAACGUGGAGAGGGAGUUGGAUAAAGUGCUGCAGAAAUUCACCUCGUACGGACAGCACUGUGACCGGACCCUGGAGGAGCUGAUCGAGUACACAAGCGGCCUGAGGCAGGAGUUGACCCAGACUGGAGGACAAGAUGUUGAGUUGUCAGGGACCUUGUCGCUUGUUUUGUCUCAGUGUUGCAAAAGAAUAAAGGACACAGUUCAAAAACUGGCUUCUGACCACAAGGACAUUCACUGCAGCGUUUCACGAGUAGGUAAAGCCAUUGACCGGGUAUUUCGGCAUGUAUCCCCAUUCUUUAUACUUACAGUAGAUGCCAAAUACUGCUCCUUUUAUCCAAGAAUGGGACAGAAUUUUGCUACGAAUCAGAAUUUUGAUGCAGACAUCAAUGGUGUGGCAAUAGAUGGAUGCUGGCAAACUGAUAGCCAACGACUCCUAAGCGAGGUGAUGGUGGAACACUUCUUCCGACAAGGAAUGCUGGAUGUGGCAGAAGAACUCUGUCAGGAAGCUGGCUUGUGUAUAGAGGGAAACCAAAAGGAACCUUUUGUAGAACUCAAUCGAAUCUUGGAGGCGCUCAGAGUAAGAGAUCUAAGGCCUGCACUGGAAUGGGCAGUUGCAAACCGAGAGAUGUUGAUGGCACAGAACAGCUCCCUAGAAUUCAAACUACACAGAUUAUAUUUUAUAAGCCUGUUAAUGGGAGGUACAGAGAAUCAGAGGGAAGCACUUCAGUAUGCCAAGAACUUUCAGCCUUUUGCAUUAAAUCACCAGAAGGAUAUUCAGGUGUUAAUGGGAAGCCUUGUUUAUUUGAGACAGGGAAUAGCAAACUCACCGUACAUGCACCUAUUAGAUUCUAAUCAGUGGGCUGAUAUCUGUGAUAUCUUCACCAGGGAUGCCUGCUCUCUCCUUGGCCUCUCAGUUGAAUCACCACUGAGCGUCAGUUUUUCAGCAGGGUGCAUUGCAUUGCCAGCUCUCAUUAACAUUAAGGCAGUAAUCGAGCAGAGACAAUGCACCGGAGUAUGGAAUCAGAAGGAUGAGCUGCCAAUUGAAGUAGACCUCGGUAAAAAAUGUUGGUAUCAUUCGAUCUUCGCCUGUCCAAUUCUCCGACAGCAGACUACAGAAUCCAAUCCACCUAUGAAGCUUGUCUGUGGCCACAUAAUCUCACGAGAUGCUCUGAACAAAAUGAUUAAUGGAAGCAAGUUGAAAUGCCCGUAUUGUCCCAUGGAGCAGGCGCCAGCUGAUGCAAAACAGAUCUUCUUUUGAAGAUUAUUGUGACUGGGGGGAUAGUUCAGGAAGUUUUGAGCAGUGCUGUAGCAAUUCAUUAUUCUGUUGGACUAAUGCUUGCUAAGUUACCGAUGGUGUGAAUAUGCCAAUGUGUAUUUGGGAUGGACAAAACAGGGAAGACUACUGGGUAUAAAUUGGUUGCAAUAGGGCUUUUGAACUCAGCUUGGUCUUGAUACUUGAUCAAGUGAGUACACCAGCACUCACCAUUUCAUGCAGUUAUUUUAUAUUGAAACAAUACUAGUAGUGCAUUUUUAAAACUUAAAAUAUAUGUAAUUACCCAUGAACAAUGUUUUCGUAUGGUUCCUCAUAGUAUCAUUGUCAUUUCAUGGGUUAAAUUUGAUUUUUUUAAAGUUCAGUGUGAUCUUCAUUCUUUAAAGAAAAUAGAAAAAUUGAAUGUAUGAGUAGACAACUGCCGGUAAUGUUUGCAUACCUUUCUAUGUUGGUUUGAUUGAGGUAGCUUUGGUAUAUUUUCAUGUAAUUUCUUUCCUGACACAAUUUGGCACAAAGCUCAGACAUUGAGUGUGCAUAUAUUGAGCUCCCAGGGGCUGAUUAUUUAAAUUUACUGUAAAUUUAAAAAGCAUUUGCAUUGAAAGUAGGCUAGCAGAGUAUUGGCAUGGGGGAAGGAAACAAUGCAUGAAGGAUAAACAUGUAUAAUUCUGCUUCAUGUAGAUAAGUUAGUUAGGUGUAUGGUACCAUGUCCAAUACAUAAUUACAACCUGAAAUAUAAUAGUGAAAAUCUUAUUAAACAGAAGUUGUAUACCAA